ACCACGACAACAUGGCGACAUUCGUGUUGCUGGUUGAAUUACACUGAGUUAGCAUUCUUUCAGUGUAUAUUUUGUGAUCUGUGAUACAGGAAAGGGCAAGACAUACGUGUUGCCUAAAUGUCAUAAUUCAGGUGACCCCAACUAAUUUUGAACUAAUUAUAAUAAAAUGAAAAUUCAAUAAAGAAAUAAACGAAGUAAACCUAUUCAACGAGUCGACCUUGAAUAUUAACAAGCAGCGUUUUUAAUUCCAAUUUUUGGAAUACUUUAAUAAUUCAGACAACCAGUUUGCAGUUUAGUUCAAUAGUAUGCACAUACAUUGAUGUGUUAUAGUGAUAUUUGAGUCAUACACGUAGUAAAAAUGCAGGUAGAAGUAUACACAACCAAGAAUAAAAAACUUGGAUCUAUCACUAUAUCUGAAAAUGCAAAAGUUAAAGAAAUCAAGAAAGAAGUAGCAAAGCUAUGUAAAGUAUCUGUGGAUAGACAAUCAAUUAGAGAUGAUCUGAAGGGGAAAGAUAUCAAAGAUGAUGCUCCAAUCACCAAUCUCUCUUCAACAAGGAAAAUAUAUGUAAAAGACCUGGGGCCACAAAUUGGAUGGAAUACAGUCUUCCUCCUUGAAUAUGCUGGCCCUCUAGUUGUAUAUGCUCUAGUUUCAAUUAGACCCUGGAUUUUAUAUGGAGAAAAGGCUGCUGGAACAUCACUUGGCUCCACUGCAAGGAUUGCACUGAUAUGUUGGUCUGCUCACUAUGCCAAAAGAAUUUUAGAAACUCUAUUUGUACAUCGUUUCUCUCAUGGUACUAUGCCCAUAAAGAACCUUUUUAAAAACUGUGGAUACUACUGGGGAUUCUGUCUUUAUGUUGCUUACCAUGUCAACCAUCCACUGUACACUUCACCUCCUUACUGGAUGCAAAUCCUUGGAUUGGCCAUGUUUGUGGUAAGAAAAAUUUUGUUUGAAAAAGAUGUUUUAUAGUUGCCAGGGAUAUUAUUUCCUUCUCUUUCUAUAUCCUAUUUAUGUCUAAAGAGGUGAUGAUCUAUAAACUGCUCAAAAUCAAAUCAAAUAUAUUAUCAUAUUUGCAUUAGUAAAUGCAUAAUGAAUAUGUCAUUUUUCAAUAUAAUUGUGGUUUAGUUUAGGUGGUUUACUUCCUUUUUCCUAUAAUAUACGUAAAAGAUCAGUUUUUACCAAUAAGUUAUCGGUUUUUAACGAAAAAAAAUACAUUUUUUAUCGAUUAUGGGAACAUUUCGAUAAUGGCAUGCCCUAGUACUCAGCCACUCAACUAUGGAAGUAUUUGCAGUUUUAAGGUACCCCAUAGCUUAGUAUCAAUCUGCAAAGCAUUUUUAUAUCACAGAAAAACUGAGUUUAAUAUAUUGCACCCUAGUCUAUCAGAAUAGAUGAAAGACAAAAACAUAUGUAAUAUAGAGUAUGCAAACCCUGACAUUGAAGUAAAAUGCAAUGAUCAUAGUGAAAUCAAGAAUUUUUACUCAAGGUGGCCAUCGAAGGGGUAUGUCAGAUAUUUGAAGUUAGAUAAAAAUUUAAUUUUAGAACUGGCUUUUCUUUCACGGGACAUCGACCCGGGAAAAGUGUGAUGUAUACUUUAUGACACCAGAUGUUAUUCAUUGAUCUUGUAAGUUAUCGCUAGCUGAUUAGAUUUUAGUGCCCUAAGCUGGAUAUUGCACUUGAGUUUAUAUAUAUACAGGGUGUCCGCAAAGUUGGGGUUUUCCUUUUCAGAAACAACUACCCUUGAAAUAAC